AUGGAGCGCGGCCGCGCCGCCAGCAGCCCCCGCCGCGCCGAGCCCGCCCCGCCGGCCGCCACCGCCGCCGCCGGCCGCGACCCCAGCCCGGGACGGGGCGGCUCCGGCGGGGUCGCGGCGGCGCGCCCCGGGGGCGGGGGCCGUCCCGCCGCCGCCAACGCCGCGCGGGAGCGCAGCCGCGUGCAGACCCUGCGGCACGCCUUCCUGGAGCUGCAGCGCACGCUGCCGUCCGUGCCCCCCGACACCAAGCUGUCCAAGCUGGACGUGCUGCUGCUGGCCACCACCUACAUCGCCCACCUCACCCGCAGCCUGCAGGACGGCACCGACACCCCGGGAGACCCCGGCCUCGGCGCCUUGCGAGGCGACGGCUACCUGCACCCCGUUAAGAAGUGGCCCAUGCGAUCAAGGCUGUACAUCGGUGCUACUGGCCAGUUUCUGAAGCAUUCUGUCUCUGGAGAAAAAGCAAACCAUAGCGACCCUCCGGCGGCCUCACGGCCUUAG